ACGAGCGCAUGGCGGGCUAGAGCGUCAGCGCCCUCCAACUCACUAUUGGCUGUGACGUCAUAAUUUAUCACACACGGGAAUCCCGACCGACUUCGAGAAGGUAGGAACCUCGCUGGAGAAAGAUGGUGGCAUCAGUUUCAGCCUUGUCCUGUGACCAGAUAACGAAACAGAUUGGCCAGGCUAAAGCAUCUAAAGACCCUAGAAUUGCUGCAGAUCAACAGUCCCCACUGGAGAAGAAAAUCUUGAAUCUAGGUGGUGUGCAUGCAACGGCAGCAUGACAACUGAUAAGGGGAAAACAUCAAGAGGAGCAUGAAACACUGUAGGGAGGAGGCUCUUUCUCUUGACUACGGGCUUGCCAAGAAAAAUUGCUGAGAAGGGUUGAAUUGGGUUCGGUACAUGGCGGAGGUUCCUAGAGAUGGGCGCCAGCCAGUGACUAGAAGGAGGGUGAAAACAGAAAGAUGCCUUCAUAGCCCCAACUUGGCAUUCCUGGAUGAUGGCAGCUGAACCACCCUGCCAAAGGGUGACUAGGUCCCUGAACUCUAUAUGUAGCUUAGGCUUUGAGGGAACCACAGGUGUUCUCAGUUGUGAAAGAAGAGAAUUUGGAUAGCAGAACAAAAGAGAAAGCCCCUUGGAGUAGGUAUAUUUGUUACUGGAAGCUGCGUCAAAUCCUGAGGACUUUGCAAAGCCUCUCUGUCUAUUCAGUUACUGGGAGGUAAAUAGCUCCAGGAAGGAGUUCAGUCAGUCUUGGGGGCCAGGCUAGGAGUGGAAAAAGCUAGAAAGAGACACCAUGAACAGAAAGUGUUUGGCCAGCUGAAGCCCAUGGAACCUGUACAGAAGCUCCCUCAGGUGGCCGAGGAGGCCCUGCUGGAAGCCAUGAAGACAGAGUGCUGGUGGAAGGCAUGGGUGAAGAAGCCAGUUACCUUUGAGGAUGUGGCAGUGAAUUUCACCCAGGAGGAAUGGCAAUGUCUAGAUGCCAGGCAGAGGGUCCUCUACCAGGAUGUUAUGUCAGAGACCUUCAAACACCUGGUAUCUGUGGAUCUGAUCACCGAGCUUGAACAAGAAGAGAAACAGUGGAGAGCAGAUCUCUGUCCCCCAAGUGGAGAACGCCUCCCUUCUGGAGCCAAGAAGGAGGAACUUCAAGAGAGUCUGAGAGAUGAGGGGAGUGGCAAUGACAGAAAGGUCUCCCUUGCUUGCAGAGGGGCAGGCCCAUCCUCUGCUCCCACUGAGUCCACAGACAGGACCCCAGUGUUCCCAGCAUCCUGGGCUGGGCCCCCCUUUACCUGCCACACCUGUGGCAGGUGUUUUAGCAAGCUCUCCAACCUCCGUAGCCACCAGUUUGUUCACAAUCCCAAGCAGACUCACAACUGCAGCCAGUGUGGGAAGUCAUUUCGGAGCCCCAAGGCCCUCAGCUACCACAGGCGCAUGCAUCUUGGGGAGAGGCCCUUCUGCUGCUCUCUCUGCAACAAGACCUACUGUGACGCUUCUGGACUGAGUCGUCACCGCCGUGUCCAUCUAGGUUACCGGCCCCAUUCAUGCCCCUUCUGUGGGAAGGGCUUCCGGGACCAGUCUGAGCUCAAACGACACCUGAGGACACACCAAAACCAGGAGCCAGUGGCUGGAAACUGGAACAAUACUGUGCAGAUUCCAGGCAACACAGCUGGAUCCCAAGAUCCUGUUGUCAAGAACCAGAAAUCCAGCCAGGGCCUUAUGGCUGGGGACCAUGCACCAGUGGCCAGGACGCGAGAACCCAGAUUUAGAACCAAGAUUCCUGUGACUCAGACCCAGCCAUCUAUAGACAGGAAGCAGGCAGCUACAGCCAAGAAGCAGGUGAUAACUGUGAGAACUCGGGCACCAGCCAUUCCAACCCCACAGCCUGUGACUGGGACCCAGGCACCCAAUACCAGAGCCUCCUGCCUGGAAACCUGCUCCAACCCUCACCCAGCAAAGCCUUCAAGGCUCAAGGUCUUCUCAUGCUCUCACUGUCCUUCCACUUUCACCAAGAAAGCCUAUCUUGCCAGCCACCAGAAGGCCCACCUCACAGAGCAGCCCACCUGCUGCUUCCACUGUGGCAAGUCCUGCGGUUCAUUCUCGGGGCUGAUCAGACAUCAACAGGCUCACUGGAAGCAGAAGAUCUACCGCUGCCCUAUCUGCGAUGUCUGCUUUGGGGAGAAGGAGGGCCUUAUGGGUCACUGGGGCUGCUGCAAAGGCAAGGAGCUGUGCCCAGAUCAUCAAGCAGUAAUGGUUGAAGGAAACUGGAACACUGAGAGGUGUGGAAGAUGGGUGGAAUCCCAUCUGGGAUCUGGGUCUGGAGAUGGGUGGAAAGGGCAUGAGGAGAGAGAGCAGGAGGCACCCAUCCAUACAAGAGAGGGAGUGGAAGGGAAAGCCUUCUGAAGCACACCCUAUGCUGCCCAAGGUCCUUCAUAGGCUGCUGGGCGAGAUGGAGCUCUGGCCAGUAUUCUGUGGGAUUCUCCCCGCCUUCCGUUUGGGUCAGGGCUCCCUGUGUCCUCACUCUGGAGCUCACUUAGCUCUCUCCCUGAUGCUUUGGACUCUCCAGUUCCAUCCCUUCAACCUUCCACACCUCUCAGCUCUGCCCAUCAAAACUGGGAUCUUGGAAGAAACAAGCACCAUUUGCAGUAGUUUGCCAUAAUUUGCAAUGAGGAAGCUCCUGGUCUUGGCUUUGCAGCAGAGACUGUCCUGUCUGCCACUCUCCAAUAUAGGUGUCCUCCAGUGGAGAGAAGAGCACCUGCCUGGCCGCAGCCAGAGGGGGCUUCCAGGUGGAAUAUGGAGAGUGGAGUGGAAAGAUGUAGGCAGCAAAAUGGGGAAAGGAAGGAAGGAGCUGGAGAAAAGAGAAAAGAUAGAUGACAAAAGAAAUCAAUCUCAUUUGGAAUUCAGGGCGUCCCUGUAAGUGCAGAUUGAAUGUCCCCGCAGCAGGAGGCCAGUGAGUGUGCAGUGUGAUGGGCGUGACAUCUCCAAGGACUGGUCCUCGGACAGCCAGGCUCUCCUCUGCCCCUGCCAAGAUGCGAUGUCACUCAGAAGGGGUUUCCUGGAAGGAUGAGAAAAUAACUUGAAAAGUCUGCCAGUAGUUCUAUCAUGAAGCCAUUAAACCCAGGAGAGGAAAAGUCCUUUGGAGUCAUCGUGACACUGUGCCUGCCUCAGUGGUUGGUUUUGGAGGUAAGGCACAGGGCAGCUGCUGGAAGAAAUGGGAAAGGAGGCCAACUUGGGGGUUCCUGCUGAGGGCACCAGAGGUGGAGCAAAUCUGCAGCAGGUUGGGGAACCCUUGCUUCUACCUCACAGAUAAGCCCGCCUUCCCUCUGGGAUUUUGAUCCCUUGAUAUCUGCCUUCUUCCUCUUUUCUGCUUUCCUGUUUUUUUGUUCUUAGUUUAUAAGGAGAAGAAAACUUACUCAGCUCUUCAAGAAAUUGCCCUGAAAACAAAGAGAAACAGGUGAUUGGUGGAAAAUUACCAGCUCCCUCCCCACAGCCUCCCUGUGGAGAUUUGCAGUGACCCACCCUUCCCUUUCCAGUAAGGGACCCCACAGAGCUCAGUAAGUGGUUCUCCUCAUAGAGUCUCUGAGGAGCCAGGGGUUGACUGUGGGAACAGAGAGGAAGGAAAUCUCUUCUCUUCAAAUAUUGAGCCCUGGUUCCACCCUCCUCCUGUUCCCAUUCAGAGCUGACUCAGUCCCCCUCUGGUCAAUAGUCUUGUUUGCUGCCCCACCACUGCACCUGCUAGUCUUCGAUGUAGCCAGUUGUAGCAGAUGAUCAAGGCAACCAGCGGUCCAAGAACUGGCACAAUUACAAACAGGGUUAUCUUCCAGCAGGGGACCCUCAGAAAGUGGGGAUCUGAAUCAUUCACCACAGAACAAACAGGAUUAACAUGUGUUCCCCCCAUGUCCCACCACCUUUCUCUGUUUAUUAUUGGGGUCCAAGAACACCAAAGGAGUCUGGAUAGAAUUCAGGGAGUCUAUGAGCUUGGAUAUGAAAAGCACUACAUCUAUAUUUUCACUCACCUCUAAUUGAAUUUAGCACAUUUCUUCCAUUAAAAAUGUAGGCAGCAAACCAGUUACCAGCAGCACCUGUGACUUUACCACCAAUGGAAAUAGAUCCCUUCAUUCCCAUCAGAGUUGAUGCAGAAAUCUCAAAAUACUGUUUAUCAGUAUUUUGAAAGUACAAGUUAUUAGAUGAGCUGCUCAUUGUUAUUUAAUGUAGUUUUGUUACUUAAAGAAACAUUUGUUACUAUAUCAGAUACAUUUAUAUUUUGAUACCUGUAUUUCAAUGCAAUAGUUUUCUUAGAAAUUGUUAUCUUUUAUGCAUACAUGAAAAAAUAUUCUGAGAAGGGUGCAUUAGGGUUCACCAGACAGCCGAGGAGAAUCAUGGUGCAAAAAUUGGUAAGACCUUUGACAUUCAGAUUCUACAACACAGAGAUCCUAUUCCUCCCCUUUGGGUCACAAAAACUGUGUGUGUGUGUUGCACACUGAUGGAAUGUCAUAAAUGCUAGGAUGGAGUUCUAGUGUGCUAAGUGCCAGGUGCUGGGGUUCCUAUGGCCUGAGGCCAUUCAGGAAGGGCUGCAUCUGCAGUAAACAAAAAGGACAGGGGCCAUACCCUGGAGGGGCCGACGUUUUUGUGCGGCUUGGUGUCUUCACUUUUCCUCCAAGAAUCCUUCCCUGAUGAGUCACAUAUAGUUACUUGUUCUGUACUCAUGAGAACUCAUUCUGCCAUUCAGGCACAGCUGAUGGCAUAUAUGUACGUUGUUCUCUAGUUAAUUCAUGUGUAUGUAUUGCCUCCCCAACUAGACACCAAGUUUAUGCCCAAAAUAUCUUUUUACCUCCCCUUUGUAAUUCCUGAAAAGAUGAACAGUGUGCAUGAAGCACCUGUAAUUCUUACAGAAUGAGUUAACAUGGGAAAUCUGUUGGUAAGGCAAGUGCCUGGCACAUAAUAGUGUAUUUGCCAUUAUCUUACCAAUCCUCAAACUAGAAGACUUAUUCAAAGAAAGAAAAAGAGGUGGAGAGGGAAGGAAACCAACCAGGAACCAGGGCUCCUUAUUUCCCCAGGAGACUGGAACCGAGUGAACCACCAAGCCGACCGAAGGGUGGCUACCCAGCACUUACCAAAAGUCCGGUGGAGAUUUUCUGGAAGAGGAACAAAUGGAAAGGGACUCAGUAGGGCACUCGGAGGGGAUGCUUUUUCUCCUGAAUUUUUGCUAUUUAGUCAUUUAAAAUUGUUUCUAGUUGUGAAUGACUCUUAAGGAGGAAGCUGUAGGAUUUUGCUUCUACCCUGGCUGACAGCCGGAAAGAGAAAUGAGACUUUCUGCAGUUCCCAGCUGUUUACAGAAGUUUUAAUAGUGAAUUGUCACCUAAGGGAGAAUGGGGUCCUAGGGCAGAGGCAAAGACGGUCUGAGGGUUACACCAAAAGGCCAGGAAGGAGGAAUUGGGGAGGGAUGGUGCCUGGAACUCACCUAUCUCUGCCCAAAGUUUUCCUAAAACAGAAAAAGACAGCAUUUUCAGUUCCAGCUCUGGCCCUAAGUGGGUCCCCUCCCUCACCCAGCGCCUGGGGCUUUUAUGCAGGCAGUUUCUCUGCAGCCUGGGAGCAUCCUUAGGAGUCUGGAAAUACUGUGGAUGUGGAGUCAAGAGCUCUGGCUAUCGUCUGGGUUAAAUACUGGGGUAAAGGAUGCAGAACGCCUCGGUAGACAGCAAUGCUCCAAACCGACCUAAGGUUUUAUUGCUCCCCCACUGCUCUUUGCUCCUUUUCCUGGUGUUCUCCGUUCACUUUGCCACUCCACCUUGCUGGGUUGUCACUUCGUUUGUCUAAAGACACUUCUGAUGAGGGAGGGAGGAAUUCCGCAGUAAAUUGAGCAGCUACUUUGGGAUUGCCUCUAUACUAGGCACUUUACAUAACACUGUCCCCUUUAAUCUUCUAAUGUAGGAGGGAGAGUGUUGUCCCUAUUUGACUCACUAGGCAACUUGGGCUUGGAGAGUCACGUCAAGCUGGGGCUGCCUAAGUCCACAGCCCAGAUUCUUUCUGCUCAGUCAUGUGGGUUGAAAACCUCUUUCAUGAAGAAGGAGGUAAUGGUAUUUGCUGAAUUCAAGGGGAGAGAAGAUCCUGUUGUAGAUCCACCAACACUUCGCAUACCAAGCCCUCCUGCUGCUUCCUCUGAGGAAUGGGAAGGGCAGGAGGACUAGGAGAGGUCCUGCACGGUUAGGCUUUGGGGAGAAGGAUCAUCAACUGAACCUGUGUCCUCAUUGUUGAAUAGAGCAUUUUUGAAUGCCUACUAUGUGUUACAGUGUCAUUGUUUAAACCUCCUAACGACCUAGACAUGUCCCACUCUGAAACUCAAACUAUCCCAGUUUCCUGAAGUUUCUAGGUAUGGCACAGGGGCCAAGAGGUGGGGGGUUAGGCCUGAGCUCUGCCACUGAGUAAAUCCCUGAACACCUUGGGCCUCUGCCUCCUCUGCUGCAUGGGGCUGUUAUGUCAACCCUACCUCAUAGGGAAAGCCAGGUUACCCAAUGAAGAUAUUCUGUAAAAUGGGAGACUUGUCAUUAAUGACUUUCCAACCCAGAAGUCACUCAAAAAUAAACAGCUGAUCAAGUUCUAAGAUGCCAGCUCUAUGCAGGUGCAGGGGAGAUCCCCAAGCCCCCGCACCUCUCAGUCUGUGCUGCAGGCAGAGGAAGACGAGGCCCACCGCGACCUGCAGGAGGAGCACAGGCAGGACAGCGAUGAGAACCAGCACCCCGGGAUUGAUCCAGUAGAAGGGGUCUGUUAAGAAGAAAGACAGGCCCAAUGAGGGGUCAUUUCUGCUAGGCCAAGCCAUCAAACCAGGGCCUAAUGCUUAAACCCGAUUAUAGAUUCAACUUCCCCCAGAAAUGUGGUCAGUCAGGAGUUUCCUGGUCAGUAGUGGAUUAGACAAUCCACCACAUGAGCCUCUCCAUCUUCUCUAAAAGAAGCUAGGCUAAUCUGCAUUAUUAGGCCCCCUGCUCUUCCGCCUGAGAGAACAGGCCUUGACUGAACAAUCCAUUCUCAUCUGCUAGUAACUUUUCCCCCACCUUCCUGUCUAUCAAAAUCUCAUAUCUGUAGGAGUCCUUGGAAGUCUCCUUGCUAGAGGGGAUGCUGUUGGAAUCAUGAAUCACUUAAUAGGGCCAAUUAGAUCUUCAAAUUUACUUGGAUGAAUUUUGUUUUUUAACUAUCUGAAAGGCAGAAGUGGCAUGAUCAGUGCCCUGUCCUCAACACCCAUCAUGGUGCCUGGGGCUCAAUAAAUCAUGUUGAAUAAAGGAACAAAUGUCACCAAGACUCAAAGAAGAUUACACCAAAUUGACCUGUCAGCCAGGCCUUGAAGAAGUGGGUUCCCAGGCAGAGCUUGGCUUAGGGCAACAAGAUUCAAGGUUGUAUUUUGGAACAGUCUUGGAUAGUUUUGAGAACCAGCUAAAGGACCAAGAUCUGACUCCAGGUCGCAGAGAAACACUGGUGGAGUCUAGGUUGGGGUGAGGAGAUCCGAUUUACCCACUGCAGGAUGGAGGGAGGGAGGUCAGUUAAGAGGUCAUGAAAAUAGUGAAAGUAAAAAACAGCAUGAGUCUGAGCUAGUACAAUGGUGGGGGUGUAGGAAAUCAAGGGAUUUGUGGACUUAAAUAGAAAAAUAAAACUUUUUCAGUAACCUUUAAA